CGAUGUGAACUCUAAACCAUAAAAAAGAAAAUCGUUUCUUGCUAAAAAAAUAAACACUUAAAGCCCACGAUUGGCCCAAUGGGUUUCUAUGUGUUUCAAAAGCCCACGAAAGCACCUCCCCUACAAUAAUAAUAUUCACAGUCGUAAGAAAUUGGGGACAAAGGGUUUAAGAGUUAUCGUCUCGAAGCUUAAGCUUGAUCCUAAGAUUCAACAAUGGCGAUAAUGUCAGAUCUUCCACGGGAUUUGUUAGCAGAGAUUCUCAGUAGGGUUCCAUUGGCAUCUUUAAGAUCAGUGCGGUUCACUUGCAAAAAAUGGAACGAUUUAUCCAAAGAUCGGAGCUUUCUCAAGAAACAAAUCGUCGAAGCAAAGAAGAAGCAAUUGAAAUCGAAGGAGUUUGAGGUGAUCAUGAUGAGGAAUUUUAGAGUUUAUCUAACGAGCGUCGAUCUCCACAACGAUGUUAAUCCAUCUUUUACGCCUAAAGGUACACUUACUAGCUUUAGCGAUGAUGCAAAUCAGCAUCAAGUCGAUAAUGUGUCUAGUGUCUUUCACUGCGAUGGUUUACUCUUAUGCAUCACCAAAGACCUCAACUUUAGGCUUGUGGUUUGGAACCCUUAUUUUGGGCAAACAAGAUGGAUCCAACCCAGAAAUUCUUACCACAUAAAGGACAUUUACGCUAUUGGGUACGAUGAGAAUAAGAACCACAAAAUCCUGAGAUUGAAGGAUCAGUAUUACGAUUAUGAUUCACAUCCACGGGCACGGAUUUGUGAGUUUGAACUCUACAGUUUUGAGUCUAAUUCAUGGAAGGUUGUUCUUGAUGUUAGUCCUGACUGGUAUAUACACUCUUAUCACCGUGGCUUGUCUGUAAAGGGGAAUACUUACUGGUAUGCAACAGAGAAGCAUGGCUAUGUUAAUUUCUUGAUCUGUUUUGAUUUCACAACUGAGAAAUUUGGACCGCGUUUGCCUCUGCCUUUUAACGCUACCGAGUCUUUUACUUAUGAUGAUGUUGUUACUCUCUCUAGUGUUGGAGAAGAGCAGCUUGCGCUGUUGUUUCAGAGUGAUGCUACAUUGAUGAUGGAGAUUUGGGUUACGAGCAAGGUUGACCCCACAGAGGUUUUGUGGAACAAAUUGUUCUUAGCGGUUGAUCAUGAUAUGAUAGAAUUCGACUAUGAGUUAAAGUUUGUGGCAGACGCUGGGAGUUUCUUCAUUGACCAGAAGAAGAAUGUUGUUGUGGUUUUUGAUAAAGAUAUGAAUGAGCAUACCCAUCGUGGCAUGGCUUACAUUGUUGGGAAGAACGGAUACUUCAAAAGAGUGGAUAUUGGGGAAGAAGCAUACACGAGUUGUUUCCCACUUGUCUGUUCUUAUGUUCCAAGCUCAGUGCAAAUCAGGCAGCUAACCUGAUUACUUUCUUUUUCUGGCAUCUUCGAUUGUAUAAAUCUGACCACUGUUAUCAGUUAUCUGGAAUCUCAGAGACAUGGCCUCUCUACUACUAUAUGUAAACUCUCGUGUGGCUCUUCCAGACAUUUCUUUUGAAACAGUCAAAUGCAUCUUCAACUUUUU